UUCACUUAAAUUUCUAAGAUACAUUAUUUUUUAAAGUACUAGAUGUUAAGAUUCCUCCUGUUCUGUAGAAAUGAGAGUUCAGAUCUAGUAAGAAAGGGAAAGAUGCAAAUAGAAUCUUUAUAACCUGACAAAACAGCAAAUACAAAGAAGAGUGUAACUUUGUUCUUUGAACUCUGAAUUUUGCUUUCAGCUCAAGCACUUUCAAUUUGACCCUUGAGAUACAUGGGGUUGUACCCACAAUCAAGCAAUUACAACUGCCUGUAUGAUUUGGGAAGAGCUGUCGUGGGUCAGAAGCAAGGAGAGAUACAGAGCCCGGGAGAUUAAAGGGAAGGAACUUUGACAGCAAAGACGAUCUCCUGACAGGGCUGGGGAAGUUCUUCGCAAAGCACGGUAGGACAGCGCCGAGUCCCUGUGCUGGGUUUGCCACUGUGUGCUGCAGCUCACAGGUGGAGUAAUUAUGUGGCAAAUUGUCUUGUUUUGUUUACUUUUCUGUAUUAGGAGUGAAGUGUUGGAAUCAGUUUCCUGCUCUAUUCCAGCUGUUUUGCUGCUCUGGAAACUUUACCUCCCUUUCUGCUGAUUUGAAGAAGUGUUUCCACAUCACACAAAACAAGAUUUCAGCACUGAACUAAAACCAUAAACAAAGCAUACACAAUGCUGUGCCCAUGGCAGUUUGCAUUCAGACCUCGUGCUGGUAAGAGCCAGUCUUCUGCAGAGAAGGACAUCAAUAAUAACGUGGAUAGGAAGAGCCACGGCUUAGAAAAUGGCGAUGCCAAAUUGUAUGAUCUGAGCAAGAAGUGGAUAGAGAUGCCACCUGUAACUUCAGCAAAGGCCACUGAUGGCAGAGAGAACCCCUCCCAGAAUGGUAUCAAAGCUUCAAACCAAGUAUCAAGAUGUCCAAGACAUGUAAAAGUAAGAAACUUGGAAAAUGGCUCCAGCUUUCUUGACACACUGCACCUGACAGCGAAGGAGGUUAUCAACUGCCGGACCAAAGCCUGCCAAGGGGCACUCAUGACCCCAAAGGGCCUGGUGAGAGGUACUCGAGAUGAGCCAGUUCCACCAGCAGAGCUCUUACCUCAGGCAAUAGACUUCAUCAAGCAGUACUACAAUUCAUUUAAAGAAAAGCCAAAAAUAGAUGAGCACCUGGCCCGACUGGAAACAGUGACCAGGGAGAUAGAAACAACAGGAACCUACCAUCUGACUAAGGAGGAACUGAUCUUUGCUGCUAAGCAGGCCUGGAGGAAUGCACCCAGGUGCAUUGGGAGGAUCCAGUGGUCCAAUCUACAGGUGUUUGAUGCACGUGAUUGUAAAACAGCAAAGGAAAUGUUUGAACAUCUCUGUCGUCAUAUUCAGUAUGCCACCAACAAUGGAAAUAUAAGAUCAGCCAUCACUGUCUUCCCCCAGAGGACUGAUGGGAAACACGAUUUCCGUGUUUGGAACAGCCAGCUCAUCCGAUACGCUGGGUAUCAGAUGCCAGAUGGGUCUGUCAUCGGAGACCCUGCCAGCGUGGAGUUCACACAGCUCUGCAUUGAGCUUGGGUGGAAGCCGAAAUACGGCCGCUUUGAUGUAGUUCCCCUUGUUCUGCAAGCAAACGGCCAAGACCCAGAAAUAUUUGAGAUCCCGCCAGAAAUUGUCCUCGAAGUUCCAAUGGAGCAUCCAAAGUAUGAAUGGUUUAAGGAGCUAGAUCUGAAGUGGUAUGCGCUGCCUGCUGUCGCCAACAUGCUGCUUGAGGUGGGAGGCGUGGAGUUCACUGCAUGUCCUUUCAAUGGCUGGUACAUGGGCUCAGAGAUUGGAGUGCGGGACUUCUGCGACGUGCAGCGGUACAACAUCCUGAAGGAGGUGGGGAGGAGAAUGGGACUGGAAACAAACAAACUUUCAUCACUGUGGAAAGACCGAGCUGUUGUAGAGAUAAAUGUGGCUGUGCUUUACAGCUUCCAAAAACAGAAUGUGACCAUCAUGGAUCACCACUCAGCUGCUGAGUCCUUCAUGAAGUACAUGCAGAAUGAGUACCGUGCACGAGGAGGCUGCCCAGCUGAUUGGGUGUGGAUCGUACCUCCCAUAUCAGGGAGCAUAACUCCUGUCUUCCAUCAGGAGAUGCUGAACUAUGUCCUCACUCCCUUCUAUUACUACCAGGUGGAUGCAUGGAAAACACAUGUCUGGCAUGAUGAGACCCGGAGGCCAAAGAAAAAGGAAAUCAAGUUUAGCAUCUUGGCCAAGGCUGUCCUCUUUGCAUCUUCACUCAUGCAACGAACGAUGGCAGCCAGGACCAAGGUCACUGUAAUCUAUGCAACAGAGACUGGGAAAUCUGAAACACUCGCCAACAAUCUGUGCAGCUUGUUCAACUGUGCCUUCAGCACCAAGAUUCUGUGCAUGGAUGAGUACAACAUUCGUGACCUGGAAAAAGAAACACUUCUGUUAGUGGUUACCAGCACUUUUGGCAAUGGAGGUUCUCCAAAUAAUGGAAAGACUUUGAAGAACUCCUUGCUCACCCUGAAAUCACUGAGAAAAAAGAUCAGAUACGCUGUGUUUGGUUUGGGCUCCAGCAUGUAUCCGGAGUUCUGUGCCUUUGCUCAUACCAUUGACCAAAAACUGGCCCAACUUGGGGCUUCUCAGCUCACUCCAAUAGGUGAAGGAGAUGAACUUGGUGGGCAAGAAGAAGCCUUUCGCUCAUGGGCAGUCUCUGCAUUCAAGACUGCCUGUGACAUUUACAACAUCCAGGGCAAAGCCAGUAUUCAGUUGCCUGAGAUUUAUACCUCUGAUGAAAGCUGGGAUCCUAAGAAUUACAGGAUAGUGCAUGACUCUCAAACCAUGGUCUUGACUAAAGCACUUGCAAGCAUUCACAGCAAGGAUAUCAUUCCCAUGAAGCUGAAGUUCAGGCAGAAUCUUCAAAGUUUAAAAUCCAGCCGUGUUACCAUUCUAGUCAAGCUUUCCUGUGAGACUGAUCGGGAAGUGCGCUACCUGCCUGGAGAACACAUCGGGAUUUUCCCAGGCAACCAGCCAGAAUUAGUCCAUGGCCUCAUUGCACACGUCAAGGAUGCUCCUCCAGCUGACCAGACUGUCAGACUUGAAACCUGCACCAGGGGUGGCUGCUGGACAAGGGACAAGAGGCUUCCAGCCUGCACGCUGCCCGAGGCACUGAUGUACCUGCUUGACAUCACCACUCCACCCUCCCAGCAGCUGCUGAAGAAGCUCUCCCAGCUGGUAACAGCAGAGGGAGACAAACAGAGGCUGGAAGUUUUGUGUCAGAGCACAGAAGAAUACAAUAAGUGGAAGUUUUACAACAGCCCGAACAUCCUGGAGGUGCUGGAGGAGUUUCCCUCUGCUGAGGUCUCAACAGCUUUCCUCCUGACUCAGCUGCCGCUCCUGAAACCCAGGUACUAUUCUGUGAGCUCCUCCUGUGACCUGACAGCCAGAGAGAUUCAUCUGACAGUUGCAGUUGUAAACUACAGGACAAGAGAUGGACAAGGGCCUUUGCACCAUGGAGUUUGCAGCACGUGGCUGAACACAAUAGCUCUCAGUGAAAUGGUUCCGUGCUUUGUACGCAGUGCCAACGAAUUCCAUCUCCCGAAGGAGCCAAGCAGGCCGUGCCUCCUGAUCGGCUCAGGAACCGGAAUUGCUCCCUACCGGAGCUUCUGGCUGCAGCGUCUCCACGACUUGGAAAAGAGAGGGAUCAGAGGGGGUGACAUGACGCUGCUGUUUGGCUGCCGGCAGCCAGACAUGGAUCACCUCUACAAAGCAGAAACUGAGGAAAUGAAGAGGAAGGGAGUCCUGAAAGAAGUCUACACAGCCUACUCCAGACAGCCUGGCCAACCUAAAGUCUAUGUUCAAGACGUUCUUCAAAGCAAGCUGGGGACCAAAGUGUGCAACCUCUUGCACAAGGAGGAAGGGCACCUCUAUGUCUGUGGAGACGUGCGCAUGGCCAAGGACGUUGCUCAGGCUCUGAAAAGGAUGCUCACGAAGGCCCUGAAGCUCAGCGAGCAGCAGGCAGAGGAGUAUUUCUUCCAGCUAAAGGUUUGCCUCCCUGUUCUCUCAAGAUCAGGAUCAUCAGUCUCAGGAGAUCUUCUGUGAGGUGUAGUUGAAGACAACGUAGGGAAGGAGCACCAAGCCUUAGGACAUGCCUCCCAUCAGUCAAGCAUCCCCAGGCCUCCACUCACGCAACACAUGCAUCUUAGAAUCCAACCCAAGGCAAGAAGUACAUUGACAGAAAAGUGAAGAGUCUCUUGUCAUAUCUUCAUCUUGAUGACAACCUACUCAUCAGAGCUUGUCCAGAAACCCCAUGUAAGUUACAACACUGCUGCUGACUUUUUGUGUCAACAUUAAUACAAAAAUCAAUGGUAGGAGACGAGAUAAAUUCCUUUAUGACAUGCAAAUUCUGAUCGUAUACUGAGAUACACUAUCACAAAGAAAAGGUGAUGUCUACAGACUUGAUGACAAUAGAUGAUUCUCCCUCAAACAGAAUCUCUGCUGAACCCUAUCUUAUACAAACAAGCACAAGUCUAAGAAAAAAGAAAAAGUCCUAAAAAAAAAAAAAAGGACACCUUUAAGAAAACCGAAUAUCCUGCAUAUAUGCAAAAAGUAAGAUGAAGUAAGAGACUCUCUUCUUCUCUUACGUAAGGUCUGCUAGAAAAGGAAGUCUUUUCCGCUGAACAGGACUUAUAAACAUGUGGCUACAGGUUGCAGUUUGGCCUGAAAAAUUCACUACUCCCACUACUUCCAAUUUACAAACACGCAGUCUUCCUUUCCUUAGGCAUAACACAUGCCCAACUUCCAGUCUGCAAGUUUGGAUGAUUACAAUUCCUCUUCCUCUCCUCGCUUGCCUUCCCCCAUUUUCUGAGCAUUUGUUUCUGCUUAGGGACUGCUUGGUAAGAGAUAAGCCUUUUCUAGCCAACUUGCCAAAUGAAUCGAGAUAAUGCCAGAGCAAGUUCAAACAUAUUUAACCCACAGUUAUCAAUCAGCCGAUACGAAAGACUGAUUUGUGGAGUAGUAACUUACUUAUUUGUGACAAAGCACAGCUGGAGUUCGGCUUUCUAAGCUGGUGUGAUAUUUUCUGGAGGUGCUGACCAGAAGACAUUCCUGAGGAAGAGGUCAAAGGGAUUUUUGCAUACGAGCCAAGAGUGUCUCUAUCACAGAUAUAAUCCAGCCAAAGAGCAAUGAGAAUAGGUUUUCUUAAAGAGCAGGCAGAUCUUAGCAAUGUGUGCCACCACCCCACCCUUACCAAUGUAAGUCAUGCAAGGCAUUAGCAUAGGGACAGAGUAAAGACCAAGUUGUUUCUUUCCAAGGAUGCUUGAAGCAACAUUGGAUGCUCACUGCGUAGCAAGACGUUUUUCUCUUGUAUGUAUGGGUUAAAAUUACCAUUAUUUUCCAUUUCAGUUCUGUAGUCAACUUGAGAAGUGAGUAAACCUGCUGGGACAGAACUGAAAGCAAACCCUAUACCAAAGCGCUGGGCAAAAACACUCAAGCACUUACUUGGCAGAACAUAUAAAACUUUUUAAGAUACACAGGACCUUGUGGCAUCGGAGAACCUGUCUGCUAAUAACCAAACUAACAGAGUCUACUUUCCACUACAGCGAAACUCCCUGCCCUUCUAAGAAAUGGCCUUCCUACAAGUGAAACAGUCAGCUCAUGUAACACAUGUACACUCAACGCAUCAUUUGCAAGCAAUUCCCACAGCCCUUUCUUCCUGUAUUACAGAAAGUCCUCCCUGCACUCAUUUGAGCUAUCACAAGUGCUUAUCUUUACCUGUCAAGGUCCCGUUUUGAAAUCCUUAUCUACCAUGUGCUUUAUUUUGAGAAGAGCUUAUACACAAGAGGAAUGUGGAAGGACUUAAAGCAUUUGAGUAAAUUGGGAGGGACAUAAGCAUGCACUCAGAUACCUUUAGUUAGGUUGAUGUGCUUGACUUUGAAACAUGCACACAUUAUGAAUCAUGUGGUGUACAUGACAGCUCUCUAAACUGUGAACAGGCACAGAGGGAAGCGGUGCCAAAAGGACCAAACUAGUAUGUCUGGUGUAAAAACUAAAAUACCACAAGCACUUAGAUGAAUGGCACUGGUGGUUUAGGCUAUCAAUCCCAUUCACAUUACAACUACUUUACAUCAGGGCUAUGCUAACUGUGGGAUUAGAAAUAGCAAUAAGCAUACAGUGCUGCCUGACCUGAGCUGGUAUAGAGCUGAGACAGCCACAUCCACCAGAAAGCAUUCACCCCUGGUCAUGGGUUCACUAACAGAGAAGAUUGUGGUCAAGAAAACAUCCCUUCACCUGUUAAGUUCACGGGUUUGACACCAAAACUAAGCAUUACAGAAGUUUCAGAGGUGUAUGAGCUAGAUAUGGAUCGUAUUAUGGAAGCUUCCCUGCCUUUCUGUCCCUUCCAAUAGAAAUUGAAAUCAAUAAACUUAUUUUUGACUUA